AACAGCAGUCGGCGUUCUUGCACAGGCGGAAGCGUGUCAGGUGAGUGUGCCUUUGCUUUUCCGGUUCCUAUGCUCCUGUCGGAGUACAACAACUACGGGGGAUGAUCAUGUUCUUCUGCAGAAGCAAGAAGGCCGCCAAGAUGUGGUGCACAACUCGAGAGCCAGAACAUCUCUCCCUCUCACCGCCAUUGUAGAUAGCCUGUUUCGUCUCGGGUUCGAGCAUCCGCUUCCGUUUCUGCUACGCAAUCUGGAGGCACUCUCACAGCUUCAGGUGCAGAAUGACCUCCAAGGCAGAGGCAAAACCCAACAUGAGGAAACUUCGCGGACUAGUAAGGCCAUCAGCUUUGAGACCUUCGAAGAGCUUUGCAACACUCGAGGACCAGCGUCUCGACGAAGAUCCGUGUUUUUUUACCUGCGAUUCGUCUUCGCGCUUUAUGUGCAGGCCAGUAGCACAGCAAGCGAAUCGCCGGGAGUGGGCGUCACUGCAGCCGAGUUAGCUCUCUUUCUAGACAUACUUGCGCC